CUUCGGCAAGUACGGUAUAGAGAUCCGCUACAAGGACUAUUCCUACUCCGGAACGAUUCCCUGUAUGAAUACUGGAGAGUAUCACCUCGUGCUCUUCGACAACAAGUGGCAGGUCAACCGAGACGGAUUCAUCACGCAAGUCCCUUGUUCCUACGUCACCUGCUGUGUUGAAGUCCUCGAGAACAUGGAUCAGGGCAUCAUGUACAUGACCAUGCACGGACAUUAUAGCGAAGACUACAAAAAAGACAGCAAACUGCAGAAGAAACAAGACGCGGCAGCUAGUGAGGGCACGCCAUCAAAAAAUAAUCAGCUUUCUUCUACUCGUACUGCUAGUGGAACUUUAUCGGGUGGAGGUGGAGUUGGCAGCUCUAGCACUUUGAAAACUGGAGAAGAUGUUGGUACUUUUACAAGUGGAGGCACCUCCUCGAGAAAGGUCACAGCAGCUUCGUCAAGCUCAUCUUCAACAAAAGCUACGCGCAACAUCGGCACCGGUCUCCAAUUAGUGAACUGCUGUCCGGAGUCGGUGCUUUCUAGGCUGAUCAUCCGACAAGAUUUGGGCGGUUGCCCUAGAGACAAUAAGUUCCUGAACAAGCAGACUCUGUACGAUGAGCGAUUGAAAGUCCUGAACGAGACGCGGAAUACGGACCCGAUGAAUUACAAGGCAAACAAGGACAGACUAACUUAAGGCGGGUUGAGACAUUUCAUUUCUACUCAUGAUUUUCUCUCUUGGUAUUUCUAUCUAGUAGAAUCAAACGAAACGCUUCAGCCUCUAACUAAUGCGCAAGCACAAAGUAGACCCGAAAAACUUGUGGCAGCUACCCUGGAUCUCUGUGCCCUACAACGAAAGUGACCCUCUGUGGUUUGGUUGGUAUGAGCCGUCACUAGCAGGCAGGAUGGAUUUAAGGUUAGGGGACGAUCGUGAGACGAAGCAGAUUGAUUUUAGGAACCAGACGAGCUGCGGAUCUAUAGUGUUCUCAGAUCGAGCGUCUGAGCGAGGUCGUGGCGUGAUAAACUGGGAAAUGAAAAAGGUUGGGCCUGUCGAGUAUUUGAUUUUCACUCCUGGAGCGCAACGCCUAAACCUAGCAGGUGCAGGUGGAAGCAGUGGCUUGUCAACAUAUCGACCGGGUACCGGACAGGCGAGCUAUACAACAUUGGCUCCAUUGGCAACGCGGUCUGGUGCGAGGUCCGUCAGAAUUAUCUGCAAAGGAGUGGGGAUAUCAAUAGUGGGUAAGACCCGAAGAACCAACCCAGACUGGGCCCAGGACGUCGCGUACGCUUGUCGGCAAGCGUGGGGACGUAGCCACGAGAACUGCCAUCACCUUUUGCAUACGUUUAAGUGGGACGAAUGUCGCGACACUUUGAUGAACUACCGACUGGUGAAGAAACAGAGGAAAUUGCAAGAAGGCGGCGGUGCAGCGUCGAGCGUGCGUCUCAGCGCCAGUAGUGGUCUUGGAGGUGACGCACAAGGUGUGGGCGGAGCUAGCAAUAAUAUCGGUGGAGCCACCUCACAAGGUAUCACGAGCAUCAAUUCCGUGACUGGCACAACUUACUCGGCCGAAGAGGUAAACAGCGAAAUCCUUUUCUUGUAUUUAGAAGACAUCGCCUUGAUUUGGGAUUCCUGGCUGACGCACCACGACUACCAUGUUCGGCUGAAGGACAUGCAGUUGGACACACAGCUCAAAGACGCACUCUUUCCUGUCUGCGUAGCACGGGAUCCAACCGAGCAACUCAAAGGUGGUGGCGCAACGGCGGAGCAGGCACAUCUUGCGACUAUCGCGGAGGAACCAAGAAGCGGUGCUGAACCGCUGUCCCCUUCGGAUGCUAGGACAUCUUUUGCCCAACACGGCGGUGAAGACGACUACCUGGAUAGUGGCCUCCGAGGUCAACAUGCGCAAAAUCUUAAUCCUCAGCUACAAUCUUCUUCAGCGUCAGCAUCUUCGCAAUCUCAUAGAAAUGACAUGAUGAUGAACAUCCAUAGAGCAGGAGGAGGAACUUCUGGAAUGUCAGCGUCAGCACAUCAAAUGAGCAGUAGACCACGUGGAGGCCUUCGUGGUGAAGGAAGUGCAGCAGCCUUCGGACAGGAUCCUAAUACGCCAGGUUCUUCGCCUUCACGCGGCCCUGGCGCAUCGUCAUCGAGAGCCGGACAAUCUUCGAGGAGUGGCCACCCAUCUUCCUCUGGCUCGUCUGGUCGUGUAAGGAGUACGCAACAGGCAGAUAGAGGCAAGUCCGCAGGCGGUUCGAGUUCAAGCUCAUCAACAGACUACAUCCUCCGCUUCCAAGCGCGUCAUCGGACGACCAUUACCGCCCAAAGCUUGGCGAAUAACUACGCUGCAGAACGAUACGGAAACUACGCCUUACUCUACCUAGACAGGGUAAGACUGACGAUCAAGCCCGUGCUGGUAAUGUUCGACUUGGCUCUCGUGCAGGUGUUGCUCGGUCUAGGAUUCAAGUUCCAAAACGCUUUGGAGGAAGGAUUGGGACGACCAGAAAGAGAAACACUGAGUCGGGGUCCUGCAGCAGCGCCGAAAAAAGGCAUGCUAGACAAAACAAAACGACUUGUGGCGAAAGCAGUCGCAAGGGAUGUGAUAGCAGCAAGACAGAAAAAACGUAUCUUCCCUAUAACUUCUAUGAGGAAUUCGCGUUGAUGUUGUUCUUGUACGUAGUUCCGUUGUGAAGUAAUUACUUCGCGAGGCUGUGGCGGUUGUUCCUUUACCACCUGUGUUGCCGUUGUGUAAUGAUUAUUUCUGCAUAUUAUCACUUGGAUUCAGUAUCACUUGAGUAAAGUCCCACGAUGGAUGAUACAAAUCUCACUGGUCGCGUCACUGUUCACUUCGACAGCCCAAAAUACUACAGAUCGCGCCGACAGCCGUCGCGGGCAUCACAUGGUUUACGCCGAGUUUUCGGAUUUUUUCGGCAAAUUAAACUGGGACGAAGGCGUCAGUCGAAGCGACUACUUGAAGCAGAGUAAACUUGUGAAAGUCUUCUUCCAAGAUCUGAGGUUCGACAGUGCCCGUCUGAGCGCCUCUUUCGAUCCCGGAGACGAGCUCUCGCAGUUUGGCAUUCGCAACGCAUUUUACAACAAGAUUCUGACGACGAUGUCCGGGAUCGAGUCGUGUCCUUUAGACUUUGAAAAGCUGGCUUUGCGCAGCCACAUCGUCCACGGCCACAGCGGUUUGGCUGGUUUCUUCAGAACAGUGGCGGACUUCUACAGGAGUCAGAGUCUGCAACAGUUUAGCAAAAUCAUGCUUAGUAGCAACGCUUUUGGGAACCCGCAAAACUUCCUGAACUACUUUGGGGAUGGCGCGUACGCAUUUCUGAAAGAGCCGUAUGAAGGCUUUCAGAAGUCAGCGCUCGAUGGAAUGUUUGGCGUUGGGAAGGGAGCGACGUCAUUCUUUCGCAACGUGACAACUGGCCUCGCGGACACAGGCGUCAAACUAAUCUCGAACCUGAAUCAAGGACUGAGCACAAUGGCGUACACAAACCACCCACUUACUUAGGAUGAGUUUGCUUCUAUCACUAUGCAUCCACCAUAUUUAGUAAAUGUGAGGACGGGCUUCAGGCUCAGCUUCUUCCUCUUGAUAUUGAAUAUCUGCGCGAAAUUUAUGAGAUUCUUCUCGUCUCUUCACGUUCACCAUGUUCAUGUCGUCCAAACUCCUGUCACGUCAAGUCCUCCUCUACUCCUACAAAAGCAAAUCCGCACCAUCUACAGGCUCGACCCGCAGUAUAAUAGUCAAGCAGCGCUACAGCGAAGGCGGUUCCACAACCAAGCCGAUGCUUUACAGACGAAUGCAUCAGCAUCAAGUGGUGACAGUGGUUCGGGAGCAACGUCCCUACAAGAACGCAGGGCACAGCACCAAAGCACCAGCCAGCAAUCUAACAACUCGUUUGCGAUGUUCGAAGGUGUUGGCCGAGGGGCUGAAAGCGUGCUGAAAGGUAAAACUAGAAAACUAGGACAUCCACAACAAACUUACAUACAGUAUGGUGGCAACAUAUAUUCUGAAAGAUAUUGAUGCUCCUACUUGCAAAAAGUCUUCAUAUUGAUACUUCUACCGGCAACCAAGUACAGGGUCAGCAGUGUGCUGCUGUCCUUUAUGUCAUCCCUCCUUCCAAAUCUAGAUCUACUUACAGUCUUCUUGAGAGCUGGGUCAUGUUCUGAAGACCCACGCAAAUGAUAAACAUACAGGUGUCGCGGAAGGUUUGGUUGGUGUUUUUUCUCAGCCCUAUGAGGCCGUGGCUAGUGAGGAUCGUUCGGUUGAGCGUUUCCUCGAAGGCACGGGUCGCGGCGUAGCAGGCUUGUUUGCGAAGCCCCUUGUCGGUGUCACUGAGGGCUUCAAGAACGUCCUUGAGGGUAUCCGAGAUCAAGCCAUCGGAAACGAUGACACUAUCCUGAGGCAUCGCGCCUACAGUAUUCCUAGGAUUCGACUACCGCGAAUGCUCUACAUGGAGGACCGCGUAUUGCGACCAUACAGUACAACGGACGCCAGAAUCCGACAGUUCCUAGACGAGUGGCUCAUGUGCACGGAAGCUCUCUCAUUAAGGCUAAUUCUGUACAUCCACAUGGUGCAUUCGUCUCAGCGUUUAAUUAUGGUAGUGCUACCCUUGGCGCCUUUACUAGUUAUCUUUCAACUUUACUUGAGGGUUAUGUUCUUGAAAAAGGCGCCAAGGAAGGACGCCUCCCGCACGAACAAGGAUGCCCACAGACACGCUAGCUCCUCUAAUCUCGGUAGCGAUUCCCUUCCGUCAGCCACAACCCAGCAGCGCUUUCGCGGAAAAGCUGACCAUGUAUCUGACCGAGAGGCAUAUCUUCUUUCGCUGGCACCACAGCGCUCGCCGUGGCGCAAGUCCGAGAGACACAGUAAUCCAGUUUGCACCCCAUGCAGCAUUUAUGAUGGCUAUUCAUGACAAGACUGCGGGAGAAGUGUUGCUGUCUUUCGAGUCUCCAGACGACCCCCAAAGUCGCAAGGAACUCACGAUUACAGCCUCCGAAGCCGAAACCCAAGCUGCUAGGCGAUAUUUGUUCGCGAUUUGUGCGAGGUAAGUACUAGCGUGGAGCUUAAUCACUUUUGUUCCAGAAGUUGGAGUAGGACUCUGUUGGCGUUUAUGACUCUCUCAGCUUUAUACUUAUUACUUUUAUUUCCGAACAAGCAGCAUAAGGCCGUCCUCUGUCGUUGAUUGUUUUUUCCAUUUUUUUUGUUUUUUCACAACUUACUAAUUGGAACUAGGUUUAGUAAUCAUUCACUGACGUCUUUCCAUCGAUAGAAUCCCAAAAGAGUAGCUCUAUUCGUAUUCUCAGGCAUUUCAAUUUUCUAAAAGCUGUCGCAGAAGAAACACGAAAUAUAAGCCAAAAACUUUUUUCCAGUGAUGAUCUUCAUCGUCGUCGUUUGUUAUCAUUAGAAUCGGCCAUCUCCAUUAGAAUCAGUGUCAUCUUUGUGAUUGCAGGCACGUAGAGCGUUCUGCGCAUCCAUAUGUCCGGAAGUCGUUAUGUAUGUCCAGAUUGCUUAGAACUAACAAAGUAUCUGUACAGUAUGGUCGUGCUGCUGUAGUUUGUUGAAGUUGAUUUAUACUAGUAGUACAGUGAGGACGGUUGUGUGCCUGUCCUAGCUGUUGAGUUGUAAACAAACAUAUGAUACCUCACAAAGCCAAGCUGCUGAUGGAACCCUCAGAAAUUCCAAUAAGAGUCGCCCUCUGCUGUCCCCAAGCCGACAGCCCAUGGACACCCAAAAAAGAACGACCCAUGCCCAAACACGCCCUCUUUCGACCAUAAUUGUCCUACUUGUUGCUGGCCGUGUAGUAGUUGGAAGAUAUUCAUUUUCAUGCUACG